AUAUAUAACUCUCUGCAGCUGAAUCUGCCAUUUCCCCCAGAGAGGAGAUGAGGAGUGAAGGAGUUGUGCUGUGCUGCCUGCUGCUGGCCGGCCUGUGUGCAGGAGGCGAGGAUGGAAGGCCCCUCGUUCACACGCGGUACGGCAAACUGCUUGGCAAAACGGUGACGGUCAAAGAAACGGACAGAAAGGUGCACGUCUUCUACGGGGUCCCCUUCGCUAAGCCUCCGGUUGGAGAGCUACGUUUUGCAGAAUCGCAACCCCCAGAAAGCUGGAAUGGGGUGAGAGAGGCCACCGAACAGCCUCCCAUGUGUCUGCAGAGUAAAGAAGGGAUGCAACUUUUUGUAGAUCUGAUCAAAGCCAAAACCAAGCUCCCACCCACAUCCGAGGACUGCCUGUACCUCAAUGUCUUCACUCCGGCUGACCGCGGACAAAACGCCAAACUACCGGUGUUGGUGGGUAUUCAUGGAGGCGGAUUAGCUAUGGGAGGAGCCAUGAUGUUUGAAGGUUCUGCACUGAGUGCCUACGAAAACGUCAUCACCGUUUCCAUCCAGUACCGCCUGGGGAUUCUGGGAUUCUUCAGCUCCGGGGACAGCCAAGCUCCAGGAAAUUACGGAUUCGUGGAUCAGGUCAAGGCGCUGCACUGGGUUCAGGAGAACAUUGCAGAUUUUGGGGGUGACCCAGACUCCGUCACUAUAUUUGGAGAGUCCGCUGGUGGGGUCAGUGUCUCUGCAUUGGUCUUGUCCCCACUAGCCAAGGGCUUGUUCCACAGAGCCAUUGCAGAGAGCGGUGUGGCCCUUGUUCCAGGGCUGAUCGCCAAGUCUGCUGAGGAGACCAGCUUUGUGCGGAAUAUAAUCGCCAACAUUUCUGGCUGUGAUCUGGCAUCAUUGGUGGAUUGUAUGAAGGCAAAAUCAGAAGAGGAAAUCCUUUCCAUAAGUACUGCAAUGAAAUUUCUGACUCCCCCAGCCACCAUCGAUGGCGUCUUCCUCCCAAAACCCGCAGAGCAGAUCUUGGCGGAUAAAGAAAACAAUCCGGUUCCGUUUAUAACCGGUGUGGCAGAGCAGGAAUUUGGCUGGAUUCUCCCCACGGCCAUGAAUUUUAGCGGAUUGGAGAAAGGAAUGGAUAGAGAAACAGUAACCGCAGCACUAUAUGGCAACCCCAUGCUGGGAUCAUUAGGCACUGUCAUCCCGCUGCUGAUCGAGGAAUAUUUCGAAAAUGAGACGGAUCCCACUGAACUCCGCAACCGCUUCCUGGACCUGUGUGGAGACUUCGUAUUUGUAAUGCCGGCCCUGAAAACAGCGAAAUAUCAUAGAGAUUCUGGAUAUCCUGUCUACUUUUACGAGUUCCACCGUCGUCCAUCUCUCUUUAAAGAUAUUAAGCCGGAUUAUGUGAAGGCCGACCAUGCCGAUGAGGUUUUCUUUGUGAUUGGAGGACCCUUCCUCGACGACUAUAUUCUCUUUUCAGGCGAGACGGAGGAAGACGAAAAGAUCCUUAGUAAGAACAUGAUGAAAUAUUGGGCCAACUUCGCUCGGACCGGUGACCCCAAUGGACCCGGCCUGGCUGAGUGGCCGCGGUAUGACCAGGAUGAAGAUUAUCUGCAGAUUGAUAUUCACCCGAAACAGAAAGCCGCCCAGAGACUGAAAGACGCAAAAUAUGACUUUUGGUACAAAAUUCUCCCUCAGAAAAUCCAGAAGAUAUUGGAGGACAAAGAGCACAGAGAGCUUUAGAUCCCUCCGGGUUAAACAGUAAAUGAGCAAAUCUCCAGCAAAUCUCCAUUCCAAAGCAAGAUGAGUAAAGUACAAUGUCACUGAAGGCUGAUAUUUGCGUUGUGGGUGGAGCCUGGCUGGUUUGAUUUUUUUUAUAUCUCUUGGAGAUUCUGUAAUGGUGUUCUCAGCUCCACCCCCACCACAAAGUCUUUCUCCUGCUGCAGAAAUGUUUUAUUCCAUGGGAAACCCUAUUCAAGAGGAACUGCAGUCUGCUCACAUAAUUUGUAAUAAAAACAUUUUUGUAAUUUUGAA